GGACUUGUGCCCGGGACUCGGGAGAACGAGAACGCCAGGCCAUUGGAAGUCGCCAUUAAACACAACCAGACAGCUCCUCUUCCGCCGCAUCUGUCAAGCUUGGAGCCAAAUGCAUCCCGGGGCUCCUGCCGUUGGUCCCCCUGGGGCCUCCGGCUGCUUUUGCUCCAAAGGGCUUCGGCUUUGCACGUACACACUUUUUGCUAACGACUUCGUUUUGGAUGGCUAAGAACUAGCAAGUUAUGUUCAAGACUAUGUUGGCUCAGCUUCCUACUGCUAUAAAUGGAGGCCCAAAUAUGUGGGCCAUCACUUCUGAAGAAAGAAAAAAAUAUGAUAAACAGUUUGACAACCUUAAGCCAGUUGGGGGUUACAUUACAGGUGAUCAAGCACGAAUGUUUUUUUUACAGUCAGGUUUGCCAAGUCCUGUUUUGGCUGAAAUAUGGGCUCUUAGUGACCUGAAUAAAGAUGGGAAAAUGGAUCAGCUGGAGUUCUCCAUAGCUAUGAAACUCAUCAAACUCAAACUGCAAGGCCAGUCCUUGCCCAUGGUGCUUCCUCCAAUCAUGAAACAGACUCCAGCGUUUUCUCCCUUGAUUUCUGCUCGUUUUGGUAUGGGCAGUAUGCCAAAUCUGUCUACAGUAGCACCUUUGGCUCCCAUGUCCAAUCUGACAUCUGUACCUUCCAUUUCUCCCAUGAUGAUUUCAACCCCACUAUUGCCUUCUGCCAGCCCUCCAUCGUUGCCAAAUGGAACCCCCAGCCUUCUUCAGCCAUUAGCUAUGUCCUAUUCUUCCACUUUGCCUCAUUCUAAUUCAUACACUCCCGUGAUAGGAGGAUUUGGUGGUUCCAACAUCCAGAAAACUCAGUCCUUAAUAGAUUUAGGAUCUAGUAGUUCAAAUUCUUCUUCCACUACCUCAUUAACUGGCAAUUCACCAAAGGCAGGAUCUUCAGAUUGGGCAGUUCCUCAGGCUUCAAGAUUAAAAUAUAGGCAAAAAUUUAAUUACCUUGAUAAAGGAAUGACUGGAUAUCUUUCAGGAUUUCAGGCAAGAAAUGCUCUUCUACAAUCAAACUUAUCUCAGACACAGUUAGCCACUAUAUGGUCUCUGUCUGACAUUGAUGGUGAUGGACAGCUGAAAGCAGAGGAGUUCAUCUUAGCUAUGCAUUUAACUGAUAUGGCCAAAGCUGGGCACCCACUCCCACUAAGUUUGCCGCCUGAGUUUGUGCCCCCUUCUAUGAGAAAUGGAAAGCAUUUGGAAAAUAUUAACUGUGCUCUGCCAAAUUAUCAACAAGAAGAGGAACCUCCCCAGAAACUUCCAGUUACCUUUGAGGAUAAGAGGAAGGCAAACUACGAAAGGGGCAACCUGGAACUGGAGAAACGGCGCCAAGUGCUCCUUGAGCAGCAGCAAAGAGAGAUGGAACGUAAAGCACAGAAAGAAAGAGAAGAAAAGGAGCGAAGAGAAAGGGAACGGAAGGAACUGGAGCAGAAGAAACAACUUGAGCUAGAAAGGCGCCUGGAAAAACAGCAAGAGAUGGAGAAACAAAGGGAGGAAGAACGGAAAAAAGAGAUUGAAAAACGAGAGGCAGCUAAACAAGAACUCGAGCGUCAAAGACGACUUGAAUGGGAGAGGAUUCGUCGUCAAGACCUUCUUAAUCAGCGUAAUAGAGAACAGGAGGAAAUCGUGAAGUUAUCUUCUAAAAAAAAGAGUCUUAAUCUUGAACUAGAUGCACUGAAUGACAAACAACAACAGAUCUCUGGAAGACUAGAAGAUGUCCGUAACAGAAAACAAAAGUAUAAAAAUGAGUUUGCCAAUCUAGAAAAGAAAUGUGAUAUGGGAAUUACUGAAAUCAAGCAAUUGGAACAACAGCUUCAAGAAUAUCAGAAUAAGCUGAUUGCUCUUGUUCCUGAGAAACAAAAAUUAAGUGAGAAAAUAAAUCACAACAAGAUUACUAACUCUUUUGAUACACCUCUAAAUUCACUGCAGAAGAAAUCAUCUGAAAAAGAAGUAUUAUGCCAAAAACUUCAGGAACAAUUAGAUACAUUAGAAAAAGAAACCACUUCCAAGCUGUCAGAAAUUGAUAUGUUUAAUAAGCAGCUCAAGGAACUAAGAGAAACUUACUGCACACAGCAGAAAGCACUUGAACAGCUCCACAAAAUCAAAUAUGAAAAAAUUCAAGAACUGGAAAGAAAAAGAACCGAACUUGCUUUGAAAAAAAGAAUAGAAGAUGAAACUACACGAAAAGCAAAACAGGAAAAGGAGAACUUGUGGCAAGAAACCAUCAGGAAGGAAGAAGAAGAAAGAAAAAAGCGUCUGAAAGAAGAUCGAAUGCAGGAAAAGAUCCAUGAGGAAAAACAAAGAGCUGAGGAGGUCAUUGCACGAGAGAGGGAGAUCCAGAACCCAAAACUGGCAGAGGAGAAAUUUGAAGAGAAAAGACAAAAUAAAAAAGUAGGAAUUCUAAGAGAAACUGAGCAGCAAAGGCAGAAACAAAACGCAGAAGAAAAAAAAAGACAGGAGAAAAUUGCAAAAGAAGCUGAGGAGAAACUUAAACGAUUUGAAGAAGGGAAGAAAAGAAAAGAUAUUUUUAAUUUGCAAGAUUCUGAGAAAUCUGUUUCUCACUUAAAUGAGAAAAACGUAAAUGUUCUUAAACAAACAAAGGGAAAUCUUAAGUCUGUCGUGAAAAGUGAAGGCCAUGCGGUUAGUGCUGCUGAUUCUAAGACAUUAGCCGGCUUUGUGAAUUAUAGAGCUUUAUACCCAUUUGAAGCCAGGAAUCAAGAUGAGAUAAGCUUCCAUUCCGGAGAUAUUAUUGAGGUUGCUGAGAAAACUGAAGGAGAACCUGGCUGGUUAUAUGGAAAUUUUCAAGGACAUUUUGGCUGGUUUCCAUGCAAUUAUGUAGAGAAAAUAUCUGAAAAUGAAAAAGCUGUUUCACCUCCCAAGAAAGCCUUACUUCCUCCUACAGUCACCGUACCAGCUACUUCAGUUCCUCUAGAAGUGCAUUCACCCAGUAAACCAGCAGACGAAGCAGAGUACCAAAAUGUAUCUUUCACAAACUUAAAUGCUAGCUCAUGGCAGAAAAAGUCUGCCUUUACUCGUACUGUUUCCCCAGGAUCUGUUUCUCCCAUCCAUGGACAGGGACAAGUGGUAGAAAACAUAAAAGCACAAGCACUUUGCUCUUGGACUGCAAAAAAAGAUAAUCAUUUAAACUUUUCAAAAAACGACAUAAUUACUGUGCUGGAGCAGCAAGAAAAUUGGUGGUAUGGAGAAGCUGGUAAAGGAAGAGGAUGGUUUCCCAAAUCCUAUGUGAAGAUUUUACCUGGAAAUGAAUUCCAAAGAGAGGAACCAGAAGCUGUUUAUGCAGUUAUAAAUAAGAAUCCUUCCACAUCAAUUGGUAUUUCAGAAUAUGUAGCACUAUAUCCUUAUUCAAGUUCCGAGCCUGGUGAUUUAACUUUCACUGAAGGUGAAGAAAUAGUAGUGAGUCAGAAAGAUGGGGAAUGGUGGACUGGAAGAAUUGGUGAUAGAAGUGGAAUCUUUCCUUCAAACUAUGUCAAACCAAAGGAUCCUGAUAUUUCUCCUACAGCUAGCAAAACAGGAACAUUAAAUAAAAAACCUGAAAUUGCUCAAGUUACAACAGCCUACACUGCAUCAGGAACGGAACAGCUGAGUCUCGCUCCUGGACAGUUGAUUGUGAUUUUGCAGAAAAAUUCUACUGGAUGGUGGCAAGGAGAACUACAGGCAAGAGGGAAAAAAAGACAAAAAGGAUGGUUUCCCGCUACUCAUGUGAAGCUGUUGGGUCCCAGCAAUGAAAAGACUAUGCCAGCUGUUCAUCCAGUGUGUCAAGUGAUAGCAAUGUAUGACUACACAGCAAACAAUGAAGAUGAGCUCACUUUUUCUAAGGGGCACCUUAUAAAUGUAAUGAACAAAGAAGAUAUGGAUUGGUGGCAAGGGGAAAUCAAUGGUGUUUAUGGCCUCUUUCCUUCAAACUAUGUGAAGAUGACUGUAGACUCUGAUCCAAGUCAACAGUGGUGUGCUGAUCUCCAGAGUCUUGACACAAUGCAACCCACGGAAAGGAAGAAGCAGGGUUAUAUACAUGAGUUGAUCCAAACAGAGGAAAAAUACAUGGAUGACCUUCAACUUGUCUUGGAGACAAAUCAACCAUCAACAAAUACACAGAUAACAAACCACAUUUACACACCAUUCAAAAGAGACAAUAAAAAGGUUUUCCAGAAACAAAUGACUGAAGCAGGCUGUCUCUCGGAACCCGAAAUGGGAUUAAUCUUCGUCAACUGGAAAGAGCUUAUAUUGUGUAAUACAAAGUUAUUGAAAGCCCUUCGGGUACGUAAGAAGACUGGGGGAGAAAAGAUGCCGGUACAGAUGAUUGGUGACAUCUUGGCUGCUCAGUUAUCCCAUAUGCAAGCCUAUAUUCGAUUCUGCAGCUGCCAGCUUAAUGGAGCUGCCUUGUUACAGCAAAAAACAGAUGAAGAGCCAGAGUUCAAAGAAUUUUUGAAAAAAUUGGCCUCAGAUCCCCGCUGUAAAGGCAUGCCCCUCUCCAGCUUUCUCUUGAAACCAAUGCAGAGAAUUACUCGCUACCCUCUGCUCAUCAAGAGUAUUCUGGAGAAUACCCCUGAAACUCACCCCGAUCACAAUAACCUGAAGCAGGCUCUUGAGCGUGCUGAAGAAUUGUGUUCCCAGGUGAAUGAGGGGGUGCGUGAGAAGGAGAAUUCAGACAGACUUGAAUGGAUACAGUCCCAUGUCCAGUGCGAAGGACUUGUUGAGCAACUGGUUUUCAACUCACUGACCAACUGUUUGGGACCACGGAAACUUCUGCACAGCGGCAAGCUUUAUAAGACAAAGAGCAACAAAGAACUCUAUGGUUUUCUCUUCAAUGACUUCCUCCUUCUCACCUACAUGGUGAAGCAGUUCGUCUCUACAGGAUCAGAGAAACUGUUCAGUCCCAAAUCAAAUUCCCAGUUUAAAAUGUACAAAGUGCCUAUUUUUCUUAACGAAGUCCUAGUGAAAUUGCCAACUGACCCUUCUAGUGAUGAGCCAAUUUUCCACAUCUCCCAUAUUGACCGAGUCUACACACUGAAAACAGACAAUAUAAAUGAAAGAACUGCCUGGGUCCAGAAAAUUAAAGGAGCCUCAGAACAAUAUAUCGAAACUGAAAAAAAGAAACAUGAAAAGGCUUACCAAGCUCGAUCACAAAAAAGUUCAGGAAUAGGACGCUUGAUGGUGCAUGUGAUUGAAGCAACAGAAUUAAAAGCCUGUAAACCUAAUGGAAAAAGCAAUCCAUAUUGCGAAGUUAGCAUGGGAUCUCAAAGCUACACUACCAGGACACUGCCAGAUACCUUGAAUCCCAAAUGGAACUUUAACUGUCAAUUCUUCAUCAAAGACCUUUAUCAAGAUGUAUUGUGUAUCACCAUGUUUGACAGGGAUCAGUUUUCACCUGAUGAGUUUUUGGGUCGCACUGAAGUUCCUGUAGCCAAAAUCAGGACAGAGCAAGAAAACAAAGGACCUACAACUAAACGUUUACUACUGCAUGAAGUACCAACAGGGGAAGUUUGGGUACGCUUUGAUUUACAAUUAUUUGACCAGAAAACACUUGUUUAAAGAGAGAAAAUAUGUUUUAUUUAUAACAGCCAGGACCAGCAUAGAUCAUUGAACUGCUCUUACUGGCAUGUUUUACAAGCGGUAUAUAAAAUCAUUUUGCCUGGUCACAUGGACAUUAUUUCUCCUUGUAUAUAUUAUUUAGUUCUGUGCUUUGCACUCCUAUGUUGGUGGCAAUCUAUGCAAUAUACUGUAUGUGAGAUAAUAUAAGACAGUGCCUUUCUUUAUUGAAAGUAAAUAUUUUUAAAGCAAAUGCCAGUGUUUAUUUCAGAUUCCUUUAAAGCGUUAUCAAGGAAUCUGGCAAUUUAAAACGUUUGAAAUAUCUCCACUUAGGUUUCAAUGAACCAUAGGAUAUUUUACUUCUGAGCUAAAAUCCUUCUUCAGGUUCAGAAAAUGGAGUCUGAUUGACCCUUAUCUCAGGUAUCUCAGGAUAUAUUUGUGGAAGAAGUUUCAGCACUUCAGGAUCCUUUUAAAAUUAUAUAUUGACACAAAGUGCAGCCUUUAAAAACUUGCUUCUCUUAUAAAAAGGAAAUAAAAUCUCUCUCUCAAUAAUUUUGCAAAUUUACCAAGGUUUUUUGGUAGUAAAUAAGAUAAAUCCUUUUAUAUAAUGUGGGACAUAAUGAUUUGGAUGCAAACAACCAAAGCACUCUCUAAAGCCACUGCUUAAGGCAUCAGGAGACCAUAUCCUCUUUAAGGUGGCCCAUCAGCAGCAAUCCCAGGUAAGUGUGUGCAGACAAUAGGGAGCAGUCUUUGAAGCAGCCAUGCCAAGCCACCCUGAUGCUCAAGCCAUGGCUUCAGAGAACACCUCCAAAUGAUUCAAGUGGCCUAAUAAUGUUUUGAAAAGUGGAGUGUCUUGCAGAUCUCAAUAAAACAUGCAGCUAAAACAUGUCCAAGUCAAAGAUUCCAAGGAGGUUAAUGUUACCUUGGGCUCUAUGGUAAAUAAAAUAAGCUGGUGAAUAUAUUGUAAUUUCUCUAUAUAUUAAUAUGUGGCAUAUUACUUUUCUUAAGCCUAUUGUAUUCUGGAAUGUAAAUGAGAAAGAAAGAUUCUAGGAAUGAAAUCGUGCAAAAUUAUCAACGUUUUAAAACUAGCUACAUUUACUACUGGAAUUACGAUAUAGGAUUUUGUGGAAUUCAAUAUUCAAGUCAAGAGUGUUCGUCCAAACUCCUCUGAUAUGGCUUUAUUAAUAGAGCUUGAGCACAGCUGGUGUUUAUUUAUUUGCCAUUUUUAAAAAUGUGCUGCAAUUGAACCAUGCUCUUUAUUGGGAAGGAUUCCUCUUUAUAGAAUGUAAGGGUUGAGCAAAAGCUGUGUAUUUUGAAUAUGAUCUCAGAUAUAUGUAUUACUUUUAAUUUAAAACAAUGAGUGAAGUUGUAUGCCUUAAGUGCUGCCUUUCCAUAUAGCUAAGUGAAUUGCAAACCUGAGAAACAGUUUUCUGAAAUGCAUUUUUAUUAAUAUGAAAUAAAAACUUAUGUUCCCAAAAGUAUAUAUUCAAUUAACUGAAGUUAAACACAUUGUCUGUAUGAUAUAGUCAUUUCUGGGCAAGUGGAAAAGAAACAAGCACUAUUGAAGUUUACAUAAGCCAAAUUGCAGUUUAGAAACUCCCAUAUAUUGAAGAAGAGGAAAAAAGUCAAAGUUUAUGCCAUAAGAAAACAAUUACAUUUAAAACAAUUAAAAACAUUUGAAAAGAAAUAAUUCUGGUGGUUCUGUCAGGAGAUACAAUUUAUCUUGAAAUUCAUGUUUUCAUACACACAAGCAUAUUUCUUGGGUACAGAGAAAGCAAAACAGAUCUUUAGAGUGCUACAAAGGUAAUUUUCUCACAAUUUUAGACCAUUUGAAUUUUUGGUUCCUUUUUUAUUUGCAACUGAUAUGCUUCAGGCCAACAGAAAAAAAGAAAUUUUCAAUAUUAAAAAGAUCUUCCAAGCAGAAAUUCCCAUUCAAUUGUCCCUAACAUCCUUUCCUUCCCAGAACACAUCAGGAGAAAUAAUUUGUCUGCUAACAGUAUACAACCACUCUUAUUCAUCAAUACAUUUCUGGUUCUUUUCUACUUUUUUUCAAAUGUGCACGGUAGAUGUAUGUGUAUCCUGAACAACAAAAGUGCACAUUACUUUAUUUGUCAUUGAAUAAUUGGGCCUCAAUCAUACUACUAUGCAAUGAGACUUUUCAUUUUACCUUAA